GCACGUCUUUGCCAAACAAUCAGAGGCUACUGGAUAUCAGAUGCGUCCUCUUCUCCCCAAAUCUUUUUAAAAAUCAAUCCCUUCAAGCCUUUCGUGUUGUAAUCGUUUGAAAGGAUGGCGGAAAGCGAGGUGGACACGCCGAGCACCCCGAUUGAAUACGAGAGCAAAUACUUCGAGUAUCAUGGAGUUCGACUCCCUCCUUUCUGCAGGGGCAAGAUGGACGAGAUCGACAACUUUUCGUUAAGAAGUAGCGACAUAUGGAUCGUUACAUACCCCAAAUCAGGUACGAGUUUGUUACAGGAGGUGGUGUAUCUGGUGAGUCAGGGUGCAGACCCAGAUGAGAUCGGACUCAUGAAUAUUGAUGAGCAGCUUCCUGUGUUGGAAUAUCCACAGCCGGGUUUGGAGAUCAUCCAGGAACUGACAUCGCCUCGUCUGAUCAAAAGCCACCUGCCGUAUCGUUUCCUGCCAACAGCGAUGCACAAUGGAGAAGGCAAGGUGAUCUAUAUGGCCAGGAACCCUAAAGACCUGGUGGUGUCCUACUACCAGUUUCAUCGCUCUUUACGAACCAUGAGCUACCGGGGAACGUUCCAGGAGUUCUGCAGGCGAUUUAUGAACGACAAGUUGGGAUACGGCUCCUGGUUUGAGCAUGUUCAGGAGUUCUGGGAGCAUCGCAUGGACUCUAAUGUUCUCUUCUUGAAAUAUGAGGAUAUGUACAAGGAUCUGGGGACCCUGGUGGAGCAGCUGGCUCGCUUUCUGGGCAUCUCGUGUCAUAAAGCCCAGCUGGAGAGCAUGGUGGAGAGCUGUAACCAACUCAUCGAGCAGUGCUGCAACUCUGAGGCCUUGUCCAUCUGCCGGGGUCGUGUUGGGCUUUGGAAGGACAUUUUCACUGUGUCCAUGAAUGAAAAGUUUGAUGCUGUUUACAGACAGAAGAUGGCAAAGUCUGACCUGACCUUUGACUUUACCCUGUGAGGAAGCGACACUGGACUAUCUGUUAACUGCUCAAGAACAAACCAACCAAUCAGUUCACCUGCUGUGCUUAAUGUCACCUGAUGGACAUUCCCCAUCCAGAUUUGAUCUCUCUAUCCCCACCAUCUCUUGCUCAUCAAUGCUUUCAUUAUUUCCUCAAAAGUUACUUCUUAGUACAGAUACGCGGUCAGUACUAAGAGGCCUUUUUUAUCACGUGUGUAUUUGUAUAAACAGUGCAUCAGCAGUGCUAGUCCAAAGUGUAAGCACAGUGCUUGUUGCGUUUGCACAUUGUACAGAGCUAUUCCAUAUCCCAAAGGCGCUUAUGAAAAGUGUAUUUAUUAAAAAUCAGAAAUGAAAUAUGAUUUAGACUAUAUUCUAUAUGCUAAAGCCCUUACGACAAACUCAGAGAAUAUCGUUGUCAUUUCUCAGGAGGAUUCUUGAAAUCAUUGGCUAAUACAUGCACCAAAUAUGCAGUCAUCCAAUCACAGUUCAGGUCGUGAAAACCUGAGCCUCAUGACGAAUGCUGAUUGGCUCCUGGCCAAAAGAUCUUUAAGUUUGUGUGGAAUGUCAUUUUGCUUCUUCUAGUGGCUUCUAGAUGCUUUGACUUAUAUUCCAGUAUAGCUAUUCAUUGAUACCAUAGAUAUUUAACUUUUUUUUUAACAUUUACUUACAUGUGCAUCCAUAAUGCUUGAGUGUAUCAUGUCUACAUAUUUGCAUAAGUGAGACAUAUCAGUCACAUGAACGUAUACAAUCUGUGUGUAAAGGACUGGGAAAGAGAACAUUUUAUAUCAGUAACAUGCACAUCAUAAUAUAAUGCAUCAGAAGUGUUAAGAGCAGAUAUGAGUUCGUAUUUCAUCAUUAUGUCUUGGUAAAAAGCAUAAAAGAUGCAUAAGGUGAAGUCAAAUAUCAAAGUGACUUAUAACCUCACAUAUCCAACAAUUGCUGUGUUUGGAAUGGAAUACUAGCAUACUACAUAGUGUACUAUUUUUAAAAAUAGAAUGUUCAGCAGUAUGCAUUAUGCCACUAACUAAAUUUGUAAACUAAACAAAAUUUUUAACUUCAUUAAAUGUGUGUUUA